AUGUUGUUUUGCUACCCUGGCAACUUAUAAACAAGCGCUAGCAAAGAAGGGAGUUGUCCUUCGAGUUGGAACGAUCAUGUCUGAUAGAAGCACACAGCUGAAAAAUUCCAUCAAUCAGAAAUUAGUAGAAACUGGGGAGAAGGAGCGAUUAAAGGACAUGUUGAGACAGCGUUUGACAGAAUGUGGAUGGAGGGAUGAACUGAAGGAGCAUGCCAAAGAUGUCGUACGAGAACGAGGCCUCCCAAAAAUAACUGUUGAUGAUCUGGUCAAAGAGAUCACACCCAAAGGAAGACAACUUGUUCCUGACACAGUGAAACGGGAACUACUGGCAGAAAUAAAGAAGUUCUUGGCUGCUCAAACGCAGUGACAGUUUCCACUACUUUGAAUUUGGAUUUAUUAUUUUAUAUACUUACUAUUAAGUACAAAUGUACUUUUGAAUAAAAGAAGAAGACACA